GGGGCGCGAUGGCGGCGGCCGGGCCGGGCCAGGGCCCCGGGGCCGGCGGGGCGGUGAAGACGCUGGCCCUGGUGCUGGAGGACGAGGCCCGGCGCGGCGGCGGCUACUGCAGCGGGGACACGGUGUCCGGGCAGGUGCUGCUGGAGCUGGCGGGCCCGCUGCCGCUCCGCGCGCUGCGCCUGGAGGCCGCCGGCCGGGCCCGCGUCGCUUGGACCGAGAGCUCGGGCGCCGUCCCCGGGGCAGGAACCUGGGGGGUGGCGGCGAGGGCGGCCGGGCCGGGGCCGCGGCGGGAAGCGGAGGUGCGGUACCUGGACAUCCGGCAGAGCCUGCUGCGGGACCCGCCCGGAGGUGUCCGGCCGGCGGGGACAUCACCGCGCCACGCUGGGACCCUCCGGGGCAGCGACCGCAGCCCUCGCCGUGCCCGGGGCAGACGCGGCUGAGAAACGCGGAACGCGGCCAGAAGCAGCUCGGCAGCCCUUGGAUUCCCUCGCCGGGUGCCCGCAGAGCUCCGCUCGCUGAGGAAUUAGAUCGAGCACCUGCCUGGUCCUUGUGCUCCGCAGCAGCAGCUGGGAAGCUGCCCGUGGAAGGCGCUGGAAGCAGCCGGGCUCCUUCGGCAGCGGCUGAAGGGAGCAGAGGAAGCUUCGUUGCACGGGCCUGUCGCUGACACCUCUGUCGCUCGAGCCUCUGCAGCCCUGUGACAGCCUUGGAGACUGCAGGGAAAGGGCAUUUCGUUCCAUCAGGGUGAAACACAUCUCGGGUCUGCCUGUGGGGAAACAGGCCUUUAAAAGCUGUGACAGCAGGCUCUCCGUGCAUCUAUUAAGUUUACAUACAUCAACAGUAUUUCAUAACACUGGCCUGAACACUGCAGCUUUUUAGCCCAAAAGUUAGUUUAGCUGUUCAUUGAAAAAAACCAGAUUAUUUGCUGCCCUGCUGAAAAGGAAACUUACUUUCUACUUUCCAGAAGCCAUUUUGGAUUUGAAAUUGGCCAGAGUCCUGAACUGAAGCUCAAGGCCUCCACAUUUCCUUGAUUUUUUCAUUGAAAUCACAUCACAGCAUAAAUAAAGCAUGGGCUCCCAUCCAGAACCCACUGGGAUCAAUAAAAGCUUCUCCUGGUCCCUUGUAUCUGGGUGCUUUUAUACAUAAAUAAUUUAUAAUAGCGACUGCUUUGUUCUGCUAUUUAUGGAAUAACAAACACACUAUUCAUUUUUAUCCUACAGG